CCAUCUCAGACAAACCCCACAACCUCCAUUUCCUUUCUUUCUUACCCCUUCUCCUCUUCCAUUUUGUCCAAAAAUAUAUAGAGAAAAAGUUCUUCUCUUUCUCUCUCUACUUUCUCUAUCUAAAAUUAUACCCUUUUUUUUUACUUGAAUGAGAGAUCAUCCAUGGGAGCAACGUAGAGGCUAAGCAACGAAACCCCCUUAUAUUUACUUUUGUUGGAUAUCUUCCUGUAGUAGGAAGAUUUUUGAGUUGUUGUUACCUUAAUUGGAGUGAUUAAUUUGUUAAACAACUGUUGUAAGCGUCCUUCCGGGAGUGUUGGAGAUGAUGUCAUCGGCAAAAAUGGGUUUUGUUGAUGAUAUGGGUUUUUGUUCAAACUUUGACUUCUUUGCUCCUCCACCUUCAAUGGCUGAGGAGGGAGAAGGUGGGCGUGAAGCUGAACAAGAGGCGACUGGUGAUGAGGACUAUUCCGAUGAAGAGGUGGAUGUUGAUGAGCUUGAGCGUCGUAUGUGGAGGGACAGGAUGCUUUUAAAGAAACUGAAAGAGCAGAGCAAAGAUAAGGCGAAAGAAGGAGUUGAUGCUGCAAAGCAACGUCAGUCACAGGAGCAAGCCCGUAGAAAAAAGAUGUCAAGAGCACAGGAUGGAAUUCUGAAAUACAUGCUGAAAAUGAUGGAAGUAUGUAAGGCACAGGGUUUUGUUUAUGGGAUAAUUCCUGAGAAGGGGAAACCCGUUAGUGGAGCCUCUGACAAUCUGCGAGCCUGGUGGAAAGAGAAAGUCCGAUUUGACAGGAAUGGUCCUGCAGCCAUUUCCAAGUAUCUUGCGGAUCACUCCCUACCAGGGAGUGAUGAGGACUGUAAUACAUUGGCAUCAACUCCACAUACAUUGCAGGAACUCCAAGACACCACACUUGGAUCCCUUUUAUCAGCCCUGAUGCAACAUUGUGAUCCACCUCAGAGGCGCUUCCCGUUGGAGAAAGGCGUUCCCCCACCUUGGUGGCCUUCCGGGAAUGAGGAAUGGUGGCCUCAAUUGGGCCUUCCAAAGGAUCAGGGAGCACCUCCAUAUAAGAAGCCUCAUGACCUCAAGAAAGCGUGGAAGGUUAGUGUUCUUACAGCUGUCAUCAAGCACAUGUCACCUGAUAUAGCAAAGAUCAGGAAGCUUGUUCGUCAGUCCAAGUGCUUGCAAGAUAAGAUGACAGCCAAAGAAAGUGCUACAUGGCUAGCCAUCAUCAAUCAGGAAGAGGCUUUGGCUCGGAAACUUUAUCCUGAUAGAUGUCCACCUCCAGCUGCUGGUGGAAGUGGGUCCUUGGUCAUUAGUGAUACUAGUGACUAUGAUGUUGAAGGAGUUGAUACUGAUCCUAACAGUGAAGUGGAUGACACCAAGCCUCACAAUAUCAAUCUCUUCAAUUUUGACAGGGAGAAAUUCAUCACUUCUAACCCUAUCAUAGGUUCUAACCCCAUGAUGACUUCUGCCAUCAAGGGAGAGGUCAUUGAUACCAUUACUCCUGAUUUUACUGAAAAGAGGAAGCAGCCACCCCACAUGGUAAUGGAUCAGAAAAUCUUUGUUUGUGAGUAUCCUCAAUGCCCUUACGGUGAUACUCGUCUUGGUUUCCUUGACCGCAAUUCAAGAAAUAAUCAUCAGUUGAACUGCCCAUACAAGUUUAGUCCUCCAACCAAUUUCCAGGGUAACAACAACACUGAAGCUUCAAACUUCCCUACAUCCUUUGUGCAACAAGAGAAGCUGCCUCUCCAAUCUGAGAACCAGACACCGGCUACUUUCACUGUUUCUGGGCUUGAAAUUCCCGAAGAUGGUCAAAAUCUGAUAAACAAUCUCAUGUCAGUUUAUGAUACUGGCCUCCAGCCCAGCAAAAAUGUCGGCGCAAAUCAGAUGGGUGGAAGCUUUGUUAGCCAAGGUGCUAUGUUUGGAAAUAGUGCUUCCCAAGGAAUGCACAUAAAUGCUGCGAAAGAGGUGCAACCAAAGGUGACUCAGUUCCAAAUAGAAAAUGCCUUCUUAGCACAAGGGAUGUCCUUAAACGUGAACACCAAUCCACAACAGAAGCUUCAGUUUCAGAUGAGUGGUGGGGUUUUUCAAGGAACAAACAUAAACCAGCCUGAACCUAAAAUGCAGCAACUUACAAUUGACAACAGUUUCUCUGGCCACAGAGGACUGUCUGGUGGAAACAUGGGUGGUUCUGUUUACCCAUCUAAUGCAGUUCAGCUUGAUCAUUGCAGGACAUUUGAUUCUUCAUUCGGAAUGACUCUCAAUGACAACAUCACAGACUUCGGAUAUGGCACUCCAUUCAACCUUUCAACCAUCGAUUUUGAUCAGCUAUCGAGGCAGGACAACUCUAUCUGGAACCUGUGAGUGGAGGAUUUCACAACAAAGAUACUCCAAACCGAGGAUUAAACCCACCAAGCUGUACAUUCUGAGAAGGAGAUUGCUUUUAGAUCUCUUCUUUUAAAUAGGUGAAAGCUUCACCUGCUGAAUUUUUAGCUUUGAUUUUUUUUUUUAUUUACCUUAGAUAAUCUGAAGAAGCCACAUAGUAGACUUCCAUCCAUUUACUUUGUUGCAUCCACAUUUCCCAUCUAGCAGUUAGUUGAAAUUGGGCCACAAAAUUGAUGGGAGAACCCCUUGUUUCAAACCCUUUUUUUUUUUUUUACUGUCGUGACUAUAUAUUUAUGUAGCAACCUUGAUAAAAACCCACAGUAAAUAAUAUAAAUAUGUUUUGAUCUAUAA